AUGGGAAGAGGAAACAGAAAGUCUGCUAAACGUCUACACAGAGGGACAAAUAUCGUCCCUGAAACUGAAACCGAGCAUGAAGGCUGUAACGAGGGCAGGGCACUAACGAGAGCAAUCCAGAUGGCAAUGAUAUCAAAUGAAUUAAAUAGAUUGAGGCUCUAUCAAGGGAAUGAUCAAAUUUUAGUUAAAAACUGGCGGCAGUUAUAUGACGACGUAUCAGAUCUCCAUUAUGCUGCUUUUUACGGCGACCAUGUCUCUAUCAAGCGUAUCGUGAAAGACCGAGGUAGACCCGAAUUAUCUGUUGGCGUGGACAUUCCUACUGCUGACGGUCCAAAACUAUUGAAAGAACCGAAACCGAAAUGUGGAGAAUUUUAUGGAAAAGAGAAUUACGUCGGUUUCUUCAUGAAUACCACGCCCUUGAUGAUGGCGGCGCAACAGGGACAUCUGUCAGCGGUAAAGUACCUUGUAGAACAUGCCGGUGCAGACGUAAACGCGAGCGAUUCUUUAGGAUUUACGCCGCUGUCUUUGGCAUGUGCUUUCAACCGUGGAGACGUUGCUUCAUAUCUGCUGACAAGGCAUGCGCAAAGAAACGCAGAGAGCAAAACUGGAAUGACCCCACUGAUUCUGGCCAGCGUCAAUAACCAUACCGAUAUGUGUAAGUUUUUACUGAGCCGACAUGCAAAAGUUCACAUUGCCGACAAGUUUGGUAGACAGGCAAUUCAUUAUGCAGCAUGGAAUUAUAACUGGAAACUGGUUGAGCAUCUACAUCACCAUGACAGUAGGAGCAUUAAUGUUCAGGACGGGCAAAGAAAUACGCCACUCCAUUUGCUGGUUUCCGACGAGGCUAUUGACCCGGAAGAGGUUACCAACUUUAACAGUAAUACAGACGGCCUGUCUCUAUUUGGCGUCUUCACACAACUAGAAAAAUAUGGCGACAGCACUGCAGACAUCAAGAGAGAAAGCCAACGUGGGACAAAAAGAUUUGGAGAGGAGCACGAAUGCCUUGUACGAAUGCUUAAACUCGAAGCAAGCGUUAACAUACGCAAUGGUCGGGGACAAACACCACUGCACGUGCUUUGCAACAGAUUGGCGCCAAUCGUGUACUCUCAAGGUUAUUUAUAUAUCGAUGAUCCACCCAUGGCACAGUCGUUGCUGGUACUGCUAAAUAUUCUCUUGAAAAGCGGAUGUUCAGCAUUUGAGCUUGAUUUUCAAGGUAUGACCCCGUUGACACUUAGUAUUCAAGGAAAAAACUGGUUAGCGGCCAAAAUUCUUGGAGCAGACACGACAAUAAGAUCAGAGGUCACAGUUGACCAAUUUAACAGGCUUGAAGAUACCGUUGCUAUGUACGGUUGGGACCAUUUGUUCGAACAUAAGCAAAUGGAAAGAGACAUAGAGUACAUGUCGUCUGUCAUUCUAUCUCAACAAAAAGACAGCAAAGCACAAAAGAUGGCUAAACGAAUAAUGUAGAGAACAUAUCGAGUAAAAGAGCAGUCUGUGGAUAAUUCGAAAAAUGUUCAAGAUAAAGUUAUGGUUAUUGAACUGAUAUCUUCCACUGAAAAUAUAUAUUUAGGAUGAGCA